AUGCAUUCUCCUCUCGGCUCCCUCCCUUUAUCAUCUUGUCUUUCCCUUACCCGUGCUUUUAAUCUCCUGGAUUUGCGUUUUCCUGCCCUCUGUCCCUUUCGCCUCCCCGUUCCUACUCUCCCCUGUUUCUCCCCUUUCUUUGUCGCAUUCCAGUUCCAUUCCCCUUUCGCCUCUCGCCUUAUACCACCAAUCGUCGUGGACUCUCGAAGCUCAGCACACCCGCUGCACCCCUUCUCACCCGUUCUUUCCCUUCUGUCUCUUUCGCCUCCCCAUUCAUACUCUACCCCAAUGCAGUCUCGCCCUCCCUCUCCUCUGUCCCGCCCUCUCCCCUGUCCCGCCCUCUCCCCUGUCCCGCCCUCUCCCCUGCCCUGCCCUCUCCUCUGUCCCGCCCUCUCCCCUGCCCCGCCCUCUCCCCUGCCCCGCCCUCUCCCCUGCCCCGCCCUCUCCCCUGCCCCGCCCUCUCCCCUGCCCCGCCCUCUCCCCUGCCCCGCCCUCUCCCCUGUCCCGCCCUCUCCCCUGCCCCGCCCUCUCCCCUGCCCCGCCCUCUCCCCUGCCCCGCCCUCUCCCCUGCCCCGCCCUCUCCCCUGCCCCGCCCUCUCCGCUGUCCCCGCUCUCUCUUCUGUCUGCCUGCCAGCAGCUCAACGCCUCCUACUCCGCACCACUUCUCGCCCCCUCUCCUCUUCUCGCACCAAUCCGCCUACUCUUUUCCAUCACUUGCCUCUUCCUCUGUUCUUUUGCACAAAGCACAAGUGUGUGCUUGCAGCCAUCAUCAACUUAUGUCUCCACCAUUCCUUCACCCACCUGCCAGCACACACAGCCACACCUCAAACCCCUCAUGGUUCCUUUCCUGCUUCCCUGUCCCAUUCCCUCCCCACACCCCUCCUUCCCCAUGUCUCCCCGGCUGCUGUUGCCAGCAGCAGGGUGCGGGUGGUCGGAGGGCGACUGCAUGUGCAGGAGUUAGGACAUGUGGCACUACCUGCUCAGUACAGUCACUCGUAA